UCUCUUUCUUACUCUCUCCUCUCUUCCCUCUCUUUUUCUCUUUCUCUUUUUUCUUGGUUCUCUUCUCUCUGUUCCUUUCUCCCCUCCUUUUAAAUUCUCUCUCUCUCUCUCUCUGUUUCCUCCUUCCCAUUCUAUUCCUCCCACAAUCUCUCAUACUGCCCUAAUUUCUUAGAACCUUGUCCUCAUCCAUCAUUUCAAAUCUCUUCUUAUCUCCUUUCAUCUUGUGUCUUUGCUUCCUUUCCAUGUCUCCCUCUCCCUUUGCUGUUGUCCAUGUCCAUGUCUCUCCUUGCUCUCCAUUCAGUCCUUAUAUUUUAUUCUCCUCACCUCAUUGUAGUAUCUACUUUGCUAUUCCUACACACACACACUUUCUCUCAUCUCUUCCUUUUUGUCACAUUCCUUCCUCCCUGGCUUUUACCACUUGUCUUCUUUUUCUUCUCUCAAAACCUCUCCUCUCUACACAUCUCUUACUCUUUCCCUAAGUCUCUCCUCUCUGUUAGUCUGUCUCCCUCCUCCUCCUCCUCCUCCUCUUCAUUUUAUCUAUUCCAGCAGUAAAGAAUCACCGAGCAGCAGCGGCGGCAGUGUCAUUCAGCACACCGACGACUCGAACAAAAAUCUUUUCCAGAGUGCAGCAGUAUGAGGAGACCAUGCAGUCCAAACAGGAUUUUUGUCUUUGCUAAAACUAGAACACGUAGUUUUUGAUUUUUGAUUUUUCUUUGUGGCAUGUCGUCGGAAAUAAGUAGGUCAGUCCUGCAGCUUCUAUACAGUAUGUCAAAAUCUGGGCUUAUAUGUGGAUUAUUUUAACAGGUAUGGCUUUUUAAAAAAUGUAUUCAAAUCCCUGUGGCAUUGAUGUACUGGUGGGUGUAGUGGUGACGAUAUUCAUGGAUGAUUUUUAUUUUAAUCCUUAAAAUAUAUCUUUUUUUUGACAGAUUCUUUUCUUCUACUUUGUUUAUUUGUACUUGUUGAUAUCUAAUAGACUGGCACUGUCUGUGCUGCAUGCACAGGAGGCUAAAAAUGGGCAUCAUGACAUCAGUCAUUUAACCAGGAUGGACUUAUCAGAUGUUUUCACUCCUGUACUGGCCACAAUGUUGGCCUCUUCACCACCAAACUCCUCCUUGGAUAAUGUCAGUCAAACCUCCUCCUCGAGAUCUCCUCCUCUACCACCUCACUCACAGGUGGUGACAUUGUUCAUUAUUCUGGUGGUCACGGUCAUCGUCCUGGGGACUGUGGUGGGUAACAUGCUUGUCGUAGUGGCGGUGUUCACCAGCCGAGCUCUUAGGGCGCCUCAAAACCUCUUCCUGGUGUCUUUGGCGUCAGCAGACAUUCUGGUGGCAACGACAGUGAUCCCCUUCUCUUUAGCUAAUGAGGUCAUGGGCUACUGGUACUUUGGUUCCACCUGGUGUUCCUUUUAUCUGGCUCUGGAUGUCCUCUUUUGCACUUCUUCCAUCGUCCACCUCUGUGCCAUCAGCCUUGACCGCUACUGGUCUGUCACCAAAGCUGUCAGCUACAACCGCAAACGGACGCCCAAACGGAUUAAAGCAAUGAUCAGCAUCGUGUGGUUCAUAUCUAUUGUCAUCUCAUCGCCACCACUCCUGAUGACACCAAAAGAGGAGGAGUAUGAGACAGAAGAUGAAUACAGAGCACAAAGGCAGGAGUGUCUUCUCAACAACCAGACUUGGUAUAUCCUCUCCUCCUGCCUGGUGUCCUUCUUUGCCCCGGGAGUCAUCAUGAUACUUGUCUACUGCAAAAUCUAUCGUUUUGCAAAGCAACGAGCCUCCACUGUGUUUGUGGCAAAGAAUGUGAUCGAGCAGCAGCCAUCACAAUCUGAGACCUGUUUUAUUGACCACACCAGGACUUCCCAAAGAAAGGGAGCCACCUGCAGGGAUUCCCAGUAUGAGCUGCACAGCCCACAGCCUGUCAACCGACACAGCUCCUCCAACAUAGACAGCAGCAGCGACAGGAGAGGAGAGCUGGAUGAUAUUGACUUGGAGGAGAGGAGCUGCAAAGCUAACACAAAGUCCUCAUUAUCCUUGUCUCUCCGCUUCCCUAGUAGAGCUGGCAGAAGCAUGAAAACAGAGGAGGGGCAGGGUGCUACUGGAACAACAAGCAGGUUGAAACCUCCUCCGCCUCCUUCCUGUGCCUCCAUAUCCUGGGCAUCAUCUGAACCUUUGUCCGAGCACUGCCUCCUCCCCUCUCCCGUGCCUCUCCGCAGCAGGCAGGUGUCUCUUCCCACACACAAAGUGGCUCAAAUGAGGGAGAAACGCUUUACCUUUGUUCUGGCAGUAGUAAUGGGGGUUUUUGUCCUCUGCUGGUUCCCAUUUUUCUUCACCUACAGUCUGCACGCUGUCUGCAGAGAGAACUGUACAAUCCCUGACACACUAUUCAACCUGUUUUUCUGGAUCGGAUACUGCAACAGCUGUCUGAAUCCCAUCAUAUACACUAUUUUCAACCGCGACUUCAGAAGGGCCUUCAAGAAAAUUUUGUUUCACACUCAGAAAUUAACAUAAAAUGUGAAUGUGUAGGUGUGGAAGCAAUUUUACCAUCAUGAUUUCCACUGUGCUGUCAUAAGUACAUGAAAGGGCUUGUCAUUUAGUAUUGUAGUAUUGUUCAUCAACCGCUUACACAAGUAUUAAAUAAUCACUUUAUAUCAAAAGGUUGGAGGUUCAGGGGUACGGCAUACUGAUAAAAUAAGGGCAGAUGUUUCAAUCUGCUUUCUUGAUGCUGUGAUGGUUCAAAAUCACUUCUUAAUGAGAGGAAAAUGGCUGCAGGGAAGUGAACUGUGUUCCCUGCAGAGCUGCAAGAUGUCCAUUGUAAUGGUGCAAGUCGACAGUGGCUCAGUAAUCCAAAUUGCAGGAGGAAAAAAUAUAAAAAAAUUUCACCAGUUAAAAAAAAUAAAAAACAGUUUUAAAUAGGUUUGCUUGUCUCAAAGUAAUGGAACACCUUGAGUUUCAACUGUAACUUCAAGUAAAUGACUGGAGAAAAGAAAACCUACACAACUAUAAAGUUCUAUUGACACUGCAUCACUCCAGGGCAAAGACAUUAAAAAUUCAUGUGCAGCUAGCAGAUGGGCUGAGCUGCUAUAAACAGGUAGUGAGAGAGUACAAAAGAGAAUGAUGGUAACUAUACCAGAGCCUGUGAAUAAAUAUAAUCAACCUGCAGGCUCAUCUACAACAGUGGAUUAUUAUUCUCUGAAGCUCAGGAGGAAAUAACUGGGCUUGCUGUGGGGUGUAUUACUCAACGCUUGCCUCGACAGUCUCUGGGAAAACAGAAGAAACAAAACAAAACAAUGAAUGCUGAACUCAGAAAUAAUUGGACAUACUCAUUGAUUUUACCUCGUCUCAAAGACCGUUUCAGUAGCCCUGUGUGACAAAAGCCCAUUGGUUGCUUCUAAUUUGUGGUGAGAUAAAGAUAAUAAUCAGACAUGAUAUUUUUAUCCAUCAGUGUGUCAAAGGGUGUGAUUAGACCAAGGUCACAAUGUUACAUCAUUCCAGUUGCUAUGCAACACAUAGUUGAAUAACAGCUAGAAAGUUGUGCAAGUAAGUAUCUCACCUGUAUCAUCACAAGUGGAAUGAUGGUGUAAAUGCCCCAAAUACAUGUAUUUAUAAACACCUUUCAGCAACAUCUGGGCAUUGGGUAGUUUCAGUUUUAUAAAAAUACACCUCAACACUUGCCCGAAACAGAAAUGGAGCCACUGUCACAUGUCAAGGUUUUGUAUUAUUAUUCCAAAAACAAUGGUGGGUUGUAGAAUACAGAUAAAAAGAAAAUGUUGAAUGAGUAAAGAUUAACCAACACACUAAAGUAAUAUUACAGCCUCAAGUUAAUGGGUUUUAUUGUCAGUAUUAUUUAACCACUAACCACCUUUAAGGCUGUCACUGUUUAACACAUGACAGUAAACACAACCCACAUAGGGUUUGAAGUCCUCUGUCGUUCAGUUACUUUGUGGUCGCUGUCUCAUCCUAAAUACCUGAGUUUCCCAUCAGUCAGUGAGAACUGAAGAAGCCUCAUGAUGAGAACUUAAACAUCUGCCUGUAUCUGCAGCAGUGACACAAAAUCAAGUGGAUAGUGAUGACAUUGGUGGUUUUGUCAUAUGAAAAAUAAAUUGUGCACUGACUGCAACAAUAUUUGUAAUAUCUUUACAAACAUAAGGCACAAUCAAUGUAGUCCUCCAUCUCGCGGCUUUUGUUCACUUAAAUUUUGCAUCAUGCAACAACAACGUCAUCGAAAAAUAAAAGACUCUCCCUGAUGGCCAUUCAGGAGAAUACAGGUUUCAUUCACUUCUGAAAAGGCUUCAAUGUCCUGACCUAGAGACUGUGUGCAUAUCUAUGGACAGCACCAAGUCUUCAAGAAUCCUGAAUGGAAAUAUGUAGCGUAUAUUUUGGUGACAAUGGGGGUACAAGUGACAAACUCAGCGCUGACUCGGAUUUGUUGUUGUGAUGUUGAUGUAAAGGCACUGAAUUGAUCUGAAUAGAUCUGAAUAGAUCUCACAGUCAAAUAUUCAAGACAAUGAAGAAAUCAAAGAGUAUCCUAAUCAUUGACCAAUCAAAAGCAUUGUAUGACCACAUCAGGCAGCUCAGUUUAUGUUUAAAAGACAUGUAUUCAAGAUUCUUUAUUGUCAUUAUGCAAGCAU